AUGCUCAAUGAUAGAGAUGUUUAUGGAGAUGGCACACAGCUGAUUUGUUUGAGUGUCUUGAAGGAACUUUUGACUUUACGUGUCCUUAAACUGAGGUGCAAUAGCAAAUAUCAAUAUUUGCGUUUAGAAUAUGUGGGAUGUCUAAAACAUCUUAGAUACUUGGACAUUUCCGGUAACGAUCAGAUAACAACAUUACCCGACAGUAUUUGCGAUCUCUUGAACUUACAGACUUUGAAACUCAAUAGGUGUUCUAAGCUUGAAAGUUUGCCCAGAAAUACGAAAGACCUUAUUAGUCUGCGUCAUAUUUAUUUGGAGGAUUGUAAUGGAAUUAAAUCUAUGCCUAGAGGGAUGGGGCAAUUAAAACAUCUGAAGACGUUAAGCUUAUUUGUGAUAAGCAAGAAGGAGAGAUACUGCCAAUUAGAUGAAUUAAAAGAAUUGGAUAUUGGCGGAUCAUUGAAAUUGAAGAACCUUGGAAGAGUUAGCGAUACAUCUAUGAAAAGAGGGAUAAGUAUGGCUAGAAAGACGAAUAUCAAUGAAUUGGAGUUGGAAUGGAAAUCUGAGGAUGGAGAUGAUGAUAAUGAGAGCAAAAGAAUUAGAGAUGAGAAAAUUGGUGAAGCUCUAGAGGUUUCAACUGCGAGGCUGAAGAUAUUGAAAAUGAGUGGUUACAAAGGGGAAAAUUUCCCUAAAUGGCUCGAGCUUAAGGGCUUGGACAAUGUGAAUACUAUUGCUAGUAGCAACGAUGGCAAUGAAAUGAUAGUACUAUUCCCUUUGUUAGAGGAACUGGAGAUUGGAAGAAUGAAAAAUUUGAGGGAUUUGGUGUCACUUAGCUGUUGGAGUACUGGAGCAUUCCCUAAUCUAUCCAGUCUGCGUAUAUUUAAAUGCCCAAAGCUAGGGGCCUUGCCACCGCAUCUCAAAACACUCAAAGAUGUAACUGUUCAAGGUGAAUGUUCGGAUGAAUUGUUAUAUAGCAUCUCAAAUCUUAGUGCUCUCACUCAUCUCCAUCUAUGGUCAAUAACAGAAAGAAGUGUUUUAUUUGGAGCUGGUUAUAUGGCAUUAAUGUUUGAUGAUGAAGCACAAUUGGGAGGAGGAGGAGUACGCUCAACUUUCCAAUCUCUUCAAUCUCUGACUAUCCAGAUAUGCAUGAAGUUAAGGCGUUUGUUUGAUGAAGGAAUGAUAUCAAAUAUUAGUGGCUGCCAGAACAAACACUUCAUCAACUCUCUCACGGAAUUGAGUAUCGGGUAUUGCCCGGAGUUGAUGAUAUCAGUUGAGGAAUUUGUUGAAAACCUCAAUAUUAAUAAUAAUUCACUACAGAGAUUGUAUAUCAGUGAUUGUCCUAAGUUGGUGUCUUCAGAAGAAGCGGACGAUUUUAUCGCACUCCUGCAUUCCCUUCGAACCAGACUUGGUCGAGAGAAGUUCAGAGUAAUAUUCUAUUGGAAGAGAAAUAGAAGAAGAGUCAAUUAG